AGUAACAUAUUCUAAACAAACAGCAAACACAUAAAAAUACACACAAAAAAUACAGUCACAAGUAUACGUUUUGCAUAAGUGGUAUUUUGACAUUUUAAAGACCUACACUGACGGUAUGAAUUUCCCUUCAAACAGAAUGUCGCGUAUCGUUUAUUGACCUGCUCAAAAUCCCCCGAGGGGAAUAAUUGAUUCGGAGGAAUGAUCGUAAUCACGAUCAGAACUUAAAAACUGUGAUAGUCCCUGACUCGUAAUUUAGCAAAUGAACUAGUGAAGUUUUUCGACUUARUUUACUCUUCAAAACAUAAGCGGAUAGUUAGUGCUAUAAAGAACAUGGCUAAGGCAAAAAAGAAUUAACAAAAUGUAAGUAAGUAACAAGUAUAAAGUGAAAAUAUAUAAUACUUGCUUACGUUGCACUUUUUAUAAGAUGGGGAAUCCCCAUCCGGGAACCCCCAAAUUUAAUGAACUUAUCAUAAAAAGACUUUUCUGCCACAUGUCUUCGGCAUAACAUGUCUGACAUUAAGGCAGAAUAUCGCUUCAAGUGUUCGUAUCCACUAAAGAUUAAGAUGAAGAUCAUAACUUCACUAUGCAUGAUUCUACUUCUACAAUACGUAGCCAGCUCAUUAAAGAACCCUUGUAUGGGCAAAGAAGUAAAACUCUCUUGUCCAUAUCACCGACCAGUUUGGAAGUUUAUUGUGAAAGCCGGGUCGUCCCGCCAGAUACAUCUAACAAACUGGUUAGAUAACAGGACAAUUAUAUCUAGUUCAGCACCAAAUCAAUUCGAGGGUGUAUUAGGAAUCACCCAGAACAACCAGUUAACUAUUUCUUCGUUUCAGGCAAAACACAAUGGUAUUUAUAUGUGCGUUGAUGAGACCGGCCGCCGCAAAAAAUACCAUCUGAUAGCUGUACAAUGUCAAGUAGAUGUUUGCAUUAGAGACAACGCCAUUAUCGAAUGUCCGAUAUAUCGACAUUUCAAUCACAACAAACUUGUUUGGACGCAUGGAAAAACUACUAUCCUCGAAGCCAACCGACACCUAGACACAACGUAUUUCAACAAAGCAUACAGAGGAAUAACUCUAAAUAAAACUUUAGGAGCAUUAGUUGUUCCCCCAGCGUUUGAUGACAUUCAUCAAUAUACCUGUGCACUAUAUAGUGAUGGAGGCCAAACACCUAAACGUUUAACAAUCAAGUUGAAUCAAAUGAAUUGCAUUGAAAAAAUAUCCGUCUUCGCUAAAGAAAAUGUAGAGUUGGUAUGUCCAUAUCACUCACUGCUUAAAACACACUCCGAGACCAUCAAGCUCAUAUGGACAAAGGGGUCGCGCAAAAUUGCUACGAUCGACGUUCAUGGUUACGAGGUCAAUGACAAAAGUAUAAGUGUAGCCGUAGAUGGUAACAUCACGCUUCAAUCGGUGACAGGCCGUGAUAAUGGAACUUUCACUUGUUCUGUGUUGCGAUGGGGUAAAAUUGAACUUGCCAGGCACAGCGUGACCCUUGAGGUUAAGCCAUUGCCAAUAGCUUCACUCGACAGUAUACGGAACAAAGGUAACAGAACGAAUCCUGGAAUUGCAAGUGGGGGUAGUAAAGGGAAGCAGGCAUCCACUUUGAUUAGUGUUCUUGUUCUUGGAACGUUAAUAAUAACUACGACUUGAACCGCUGCACUUGCCGGGAUGACAUUGACUUUUUGCGUUGCAAGGCCGGUUUUAGACGUCUCGUGAAUUACUUGCAUGUAAGUUCACGAGACGUUUAAUAUGCCGUCUAACGCCGAACAAAACUGAGUUUUGCCGUACCAAAUUCAAAUUUCUAUCGCUUAACGUGCAAAGUUUUUCUUUUGUUUUGAUCUCUUUUGCAUUAGUAGAGAUUCUUAUGACGUACUUCUCUUGUACUCAAUUUCAACUUUGAACUUUCCAAUUCUAUUCGUUAGUAUAUUGUUUUUGAAAGCACAUAGUUUUUACAGUGUUUUUACAUAAAAUACCAUUUGACAGUAAACAUGCUGUCUUUUAAAACAUCUUAAAAAAGGGUCAUAGAAAGAAAUUUGUACAAAACUAAGUUCAACACUGAUAAGUUCGGCGUUUGGCCCAGGCCUAUACCUGGGAUAUAUUUCAUAUAAAUAGAAAGAAAAAACAUAUAAAGGAAGAAAGAAUGUAGGUUGUUAUUUUUCUCGGACUUAUUUGUACUUUGUAAAUAUACUUAUUAUAACUAGAAGACAUUUAUUUACAACUAUUUUAAUUGCGUUUUGAGGGAGUUGUCCUGUUUAUUAUAUAAACUCCAGUUAAAUACCAGGAAUAUUUAGCUCCAUUAUCUUUCACACUCGAAUAUAAUAUGUUACCAUGUUUAGCUCGUACAGUGUUUUAUUAUUCUUACGUACGUUGUAAGAUAUAAUUGGAGUCGUUGUGAGAUAUAAUUGGAGUUUAUAUAAUAAACAGGUCAUUGCAUGAGCGCUUGAAGAUACGAACUUCAUCUUCCCCUGUUCAAUUGGUAUCUAAUUUGCUUCUCUCGCUUGUGGAGAUAUCAAUGAAAUACUCGUAGACGAAAACAUCCGUGUCCUGGCGCACGAGUGUAAUAUUUUCUCUCUAUAGACGAAUAUUAUUAUAAUUAUUAUUAAUAUUAUCAAAAAAGUGCCUAAAAUAUUUUGUUAUAUAUAUAUAUAAAUUGAAUAUUAGGUAUUUAAUUAUAGAAGGCAAUACGUUUUUAUUUAUAUAAAUGACAAUGAAUAUGUAAUGUAUUGAUUAAAAAAAAUCCAAUAUUGGAUUAACAUAAUAAAUCUAAUUUCAAUUCACUCAACUUCUGCUUACUACUUACUGUAUUUUUUCUUAAGUCCUGUUUACACUGGCGUGCAAAAUAACGUGCAAAAUAUAAAGUUGAUAAAUUGUAGAAUAUUUAAGUUUGUUUCACGGAAAUGAAAACCAAUUCAACCCGUGAAACAAAGUGUAAUAGUCCACGUGUAAGACCGAAAGCACAAGACGACAGAAAAAAGAGGAAUAAAGUUUAUUAUAUACAUACUGAGAUUUUCUCACAUAUAUUUCUAUUUGAAAAUCCGUUUCAAAAUAUUAACUAGACGAUCAUGGAUCGCUUACGUGGGCUUCCUGUGACA